AGCAGGUGGACUCCUGAGAGAGUAGGGCCGCCUGGCAGCAGCCGGCCGCUCUGACCCGGGCCUCUGCCCUCCAGACAUGGCCCCAGGCUCCCUCGGUCCCCAGCCCUGUGGCCCUGUGGGGGUGAAGACAGCCUAAGCACCGCUACCCCAGGGCCCGUGCCCAUGCCCCUGACACGGGCACAGCCGGCCCCUGGCCCGGAGGCCAUGGAGACGGUGGCUCCAGCUGUGGACCUGGUGCUGGGCGCCUCGGCCUGUUGCCUGGCCUGUGUCUUCACCAACCCCCUGGAGGUGGUGAAGACGCGGCUGCAGCUGCAGGGGGAGCUGCAGGCCCGGGGCACCUACCCUCGGCACUACCGGGGCUUUCUGGCCUCCGUCGUCGCUGUGGUCCGUGCAGAUGGGCUGUGCGGCCUGCAGAAGGGGCUGGCUGCCGGCCUCCUCUACCAGGGCCUCAUGAACGGCGUCCGCUUCUACUGCUACAGCCUGGCAUGCCAGGCCGGGCUCGCCCAGCAGCCGGGUGGCACCGUGGUCGCGGGCGCUGUGGCAGGGGCACUGGGUGCCUUCGUGGGGAGCCCCGCUUACCUGGUCAAAACGCAGCUGCAGGCCCAGACGGUGGCCGCGAUGGCUGUGGGACACCAGCACCCUCACCAGAGCGUCCUGGAUGCCUUGGGGACCAUCUGGCGGCAGCAGGGCCUGGCAGGGCUGUGGCGGGGUGUGGGUGGGGCCGUGCCCCGGGUCAUGGUCGGCUCGGCUGCUCAGCUGGCCACCUUCGCCUCCGCCAAGGCCUGGGUGCAGAAGCAACAGUGGCUCCCAGAGGACAGCUGGCUGGUGGCCCUGGCCGGGGGCAUGAUCAGCAGCGUCGCUGUGGUCACAGUCAUGACCCCCUUCGACGUGGUCAGCACGCGGCUGUACAAUCAGCCUGUGGAUGGAGCGGGCAGGCCACCCUCCCACCAUGGGCGUGUUCCUAAGGCCUGCACCGACCUUUGUGCUACGGCAGUGGAUGCUGAGGCCCUGAAGGGGCAGGAGUGGCUGGAGAGGUCUAGCAGCCUGAACUACCUUCCCUGCCCCACCCCAUGUCUGCAAAGAGCUGCUCCCCCGGGGAAGCCCUGCUGCACACUCCAAACCAAUAAAGUUUUCUAUUUUGUCUACUUCAACGACUCCCUUCUGCUGGCAGCCUCAGUCUCCCGACCCCUGAACCCACACCCUUGGCUCUCCUCGGUCUGAGAAAGGAGGAUCCAAAAGAACUGGGGCGAGCCAGCCCCGCCCCUCAGGCCGAGGGAGGCCUGCCCCCUAGUGGACACGGGGAGGAUCGUCAAGGCGGGCUGCCCUACGGCGCAGGAGGGGAGGGCCCAGAGCUGGAUCCCAGCCCCGGGCUGUGACGGGAGAGACGCCCCCUUCCAGACCUUGGGCUGAGGGGGGGACCCAGACCGGAGGCUGGGGGAGGGCAGAAGAGGCGAGGCCUGGGGCUUCAGGAAGGGCUGGGUGGCAAGGCCCAGGGGUGGGUUGGUCUCUGUCCUGAGAAAAGCAGGACAGAGACCAGCCCACCCAGAGAUGCCCCCCACCCCAUGCUGCCCAAAUGGGGAGCCCCUGGGCAGCGGUCUUAACCCAGCAGCCCAAAGGUUUAAGGCCCUGGCUCUCCUCCCCUCCCCUCCCUUCCCCUCGCCUAGGCUUUUGACCCCUCCC